GCCGCCCCGCUCACUUCCAGUCCCGCCCCACGCCCGGCUUCCGGCUUUCUCACGCUCCGCCCACUCCGCGUCCCGCCCUAGCUCUGGGUUUCGCCAGCUGCUCCUGGCGCACGGAGGACGAGGGGGCGGUGCCCGGUGUCCUGGAGAAGCGCGGCACCUGGACUUCCAGGCACAAAGAGCGACCCGCGGACUCGGGUUAGGAUACGCGUCCUUGCUCAGCGCCCUUGGCCCGCGUGGAAACAGGAGACAGUUCAGCCUGCUAUGGGAUGGAUGAAGAAGAAGAGAACCACUAUGUUUCACAGCUCAAGGAAGUCUACAGCAGCUGUGAUACCACAGGGACAGGCUUUCUGGACCGGGAGGAGCUGACGCAACUCUGCCUCAAGCUUCAUCUAGAAAAGCAGCUGCCCAUUAUUUUGCAAACACUUCUUGGAAAUGACCACUUUGCCAGGGUUAACUUUGAGGAAUUUAAGGAAGGUUUUGUGGCAGUGUUGUCAUCAAAUGCUGGUUUUGGCCCCUUCGAUGAAGACAGUAAUUCUCUGGAAUCAGCUGUCCCUCCAAAGUAUGUGAGCGGCUCUAAGUGGUAUGGCCGUAGGAGCCAGCCCGAGCCACGUGACUCUGCAACUGGAGCCAAAUGUUUACCAGAACAGCAAGCCAGGGCCACCGUGAGAAGCCAGGUCCGACGCUCUGCAUCUCUGGAAAGUGUGGAGAGUCUCAAGUCAGAUGAAGAAGCUGAAAGUGCUCAAGAACCUCAGAAUGAUUUGUUAGAAACACAAGGCCAGCUGCCAACCUGGGAUUCUGAGGUUUUUGGGAGCCCCCAGAAGUCCUGUAGCCCCUUCUUUGACACCCCUGAGAGCCAAGUUCGGGGCAUCUGGGAAGAGCUCGGCGUUGGCAGAAGCGGUCACCUUAGCGAGCAGGAGCUGGCUGUGGUCUGCCAGAGCAUUGGGCUACAGGGACUCAAGAAAGAGGAACUAGAAGACCUGUUUAACAAACUGGAUCAAGACCGAGAUGGCAGAGUGAGUCUUGAGGAAUUCCAGCUUGGCCUGUCCAAUUAUGGGCCCACUUCACUUCUGAAAUCUUCCACUCCUGUCAAACUGAGCAGGUCCUGGUCUCAUCAUCAGGUCCUGGAGGAGGGCGACUGUCAUACCGCCACAACAUCGUCCCUAGUAUCUAUGUGCUCAGGCCCGCGCCUCUUCUGCAGCGUUGACAAUGGCACCGGCUUUGCCUUUCCUGAGCAGCUUUUUGCCCUGUGGGCCCAGGAGGGGAUUCAGAACGGCAGGGAAGUCUUACAGAGCCUCGACUUCAGUGUGGAUGAGAAGGUGAACCUUUUGGAACUGACCUGGGCCCUUGAGAACGAGCUCAUGAUGGUUCAUGGUGCCACUCAGCAGGCGGCCUUGGCCUGCUACCGCCAGGAGCUGAGCUUCUGCCAAGGGCAAGUGGAGCAGAUGGCGAGGGAGCGAGACAAGGCAAGAAAGGAUCUAGAGAAAGCUGAGAAGAGGAACCUGGAGUUUGUGAAAGAGAUGGAUGACUGCCACUUGGCCUUGGAGCAGCUCACAGAGAAGAAGAUAAAACACCUGGAACAGGGGUACAGAGAAAGGCUGUGUCUCCUGCGGUCCGAGGUAGAGAUGGAGCGUGAGCUAUUCUGGGAACAGGCCUGCAGGCAGAGGGCUGCACUGGAGAAGGACCUGGAGCACCUGCAGGCAGAGGAUGCCAGCCUUCGAGAGAAGCUAACCCUGGCCCUGAAGGAAAACAGUCGAUUGCAGAAGGAGAUUAUUGAAGUUGUGGAAAAGCUUUCGGAAUCAGAGAAGCUGGUCCUGAAACUGCAGAAUGAUCUGGAGUUUGUGUUGAAGGACAAGCUGGAGCCACAGAGCAUAGAACUCCUGGCCCAGGAGGAGCGAUUCAUGGAGGUCCUGAAGGAGUAUGAGCUCAAGUGCAGGGACCUGCAGGACCGCAGUGAUGAGUUACAGGCUGCGCUGGAGAGCCUGCAGGCACAAUUGCCCCAGAGUUGGCGUAGCCAGACCAAUGCACAGCCAAAUGGACAGCUGUUCCCUAGACAUGGUCGAGCAGGCAUCAUCUCCUUUGUGGGUGAUUCCACUCCAGUGAGUAUAGAAACGGAGAUAAUGAUGGAGCAGGUGAAGGAACAUUACCAAGAUCUCAAGAUCCAGCUGGAGACCAAGGUAAAUUACUAUGAAAGGGAAAUUGAGGUGAUAAAAAGGGACUUUGCAAAGGAGAAAAAGGAAAUGGAGCAGACUUUCAGGCUUGAGUUCAGUGUGCUGGAGGAUCAGAAAGCCGACCUGGAGUCACUCCAUGUGAAAUCUCAGGAGGUCAUUAAAGGCCUGCAAGACCAGCUCCAGAGUGCAGCCCACGGUCCUGAGCUGGAGAGGAAGUUCGACCUGGAGAGGGUGGAGAUGGAGCAGCGCUACACACAGGCACUAUCUGGCCUGGCCCAGCAGCUGGCCCAGGAGAAGGACCAGCUGGAGGAGGAGCUGCACCAGAGGCAUCAGCACGAGCUACAGCAGAUCAGGACAAAAACAGACUGCUUGGAGCCCCGCUUCCAUCCUCGGACAUCUGAGUCCUCUUCCUGCUAACGCUGAGCAGGACCCAUCAGUGCAUAUGCCAGUCACUGUCCUUGAACUGCAAGUCCCUGUGCUGUUGGAACAGCAACAGAGGAGGCUCUCCAUUCAAGAAAAGGGCCCCUCUGCUACUGUGUUCGAGGCUGCCUGAUACCACCUAGGGGGCUGAAGGCUGGGCAUGAGUGCCCCAGUGGGCUCUAGAUGCUGCUACAGCUAAUGCCUUCAGGGGCAGCCUCAAGGCAAGGAGGUAGCCUAGAGAUGUUGAUCUGUUGGCAAGGUGCAGAGAGUGCCUAGACGUGCCGCCAGGCUGGCACUUGCUCUGUUUCAGAAGCCUGGAAUUCUAGAAGGGCUUUUCCAGAUGCUGCAGAGCAUGGCUUCAGGUGCUCCUAUCCUGGCUCUUCGGGAGAUAGGGCUACCUUGGAAGAUGUUAUGGUCACUUGCAUACCAGGCAUGGCCGUGUGACAUGGUCAGUGCUCUGAGUGCAGUGUCAUUGGUUUCAUUAACUCCCAUACAGCACACCCGUGAAGUGCCUGCCUCAUAUGGAGUUGGAAGCUCCAUGAGAUAUUGUGUCACUUGUCCAAGCAGGUGAUGCUGGUUUACAGCAGACCUGAGUCUGUCCUGGAGUGUGAUCACAGGCAUGUAGUGAGACCUACAUUUCAGCUCAGGCACCGGUUCCUGCACCAUGCACAAGUUACUUCACUGAAAAAAAAUAGAAAAUCAUGUAGGAUUUAUGAUAAAGCAAAAGGACUAAAUGUCAAUGCACUACCCAGCUUAAGAAAGAAAAGAGCAUAGCUAGAAGCCCCAGGGCAUGUCCUCAAGCUUCCUUGCUCCUCCAGGAGGUCACCCACGAAAGGGCUGUUGAUUGCCAUCUGGGCAUUGCUUCAUGCUCCUGUGUCGUAUGCAGGUGUCCCUGAAUGACAUGGAUCCUUGUUUAUGGUGGCCUGACUUCUAAAUCUCAUCGUCCACGAAGUGGAGAUGGUGCUGUGCCUCAAAAGGGGCGUGGAGCACAAGAUGAAUGUAUGAACAUGCACCAAUAAUCAUGGCUGUUCCAUAGCAAGCCCUCCACAAAUGGAGCCUGGUCUGGUUUCAGGCCCAGCAUGAGCAUUUUGGGGAUGUGCUCCAUGUGUGAGUCCACAGCUGCACUCAUGCAUGGAAGCAGCCAGUGCCUAGAAUCACACUCUGCUGUUCCUUUCAGAUACUUCCCCAUGGACAGAUAUAUAUGUCCAGACUUGUGCUGUUCAGAUUCUCCACCCCCGUCCCGAGUGGUCUGUCACUCACUGACUUGAGUCCUGGAAGGCUGCCCUUGUCCUGACAUGCUGCACUCCCCAGGCUGUUUGCCCCACAACUACAGUCACAGUUCAAGUUUCAGCAGGGUCUUCACUUAUUUGAUAGUGUUUAUUGGGCACCUUCUAUGUGCUAGCACAGCUAGGGAUUACAGCUGGGAGCAAAACAGAUGUUUGGAACUUUCAUCCCCAGAGGGAAGCACCAUGGUUUUUGCAUGUCCCAGUGUUAGGAAUCAAUGUGCUAUCUCAUUUUGAGGAUGAGGAAACAAAGGCCAUGCUACUCAAACCAUGUACUUUUUUUAGGGUCACAUGCAUGUGUGGUGAAAGCCUACAGGAAUGUAUAGAAAUGAGAAUCCAGUUCACACAAAACCUGCAGCCUGAAGGAGCAGACGCCCCUGAGUCCACCAGCAUCCCUCACCCCCAGGCUGGGCCCCCAGCCCCAGCCCCUGUUCUGUGAAGGCAGGUCUUCUGUCCCUAGCACCAGUCAGUGGGCCCUUGGCCACAACUCCAGUGUUCUUGGUCUUAUAGCCACUUCUAAAUAAACAAAUGGGACCAUCUCCCCAAACUGCAGCAGCCAUAGGAACCCAGGCUAGGUGAAGGUCAGAAUUCCAGGAUCUUGAAGGCCAUGGUGAGGAUAUUGACCUUUAUCAUAAGAGAAAGCAAAGUCCAGAGAGUGACAUGACCACAUUUGGGUUGCAAAAGAAUUUCUGUCAGCAGGGAUGGCCUGAACAGCCAUAUGGCCUAUCUACGGUCACCUCUGCUCACUCUUGCUCUACACACAAACCCUUUUAACUUUUUUUCGUAAUCAUUUGAGACCCCUGCCCUCACCUACCCACCCUGCCCACCACACACACCUGCCUUGAAUUAAUUUGUUUUCCAUCCUGGAGCCAGAGUGACAGUUUCAAAACACAGACCUCAUUUGUUUUACGCCCCUACUUGAAACCCUUUGCUGCUUUUAAAAUUUCAAUGACUUCUAUUUCUUUAUUUUUCUCUUGAGUUCCUCAUGAGAUAAAGUUAUACUUAUGCUUAUGAAAGAGGUGCUUAUACUUGAUAUUAUAAGGAUAAUACAUAAAAUAAACAUGAGAUCAUGUGACUGAGUAUUUUUAAAUUGAAAAAAAUAUGAGGGAAUGCCAGAUAGAGACCUAUUAGGGGGAAUAAAUGUCAGUCAGACCAAUAUGUAUUAAGAAUACUCUAAAAAAAAAAAGAAUACUCUAAGCAGCAAGUAUAGAUAGGUUUUAGCUGAGUCAUCUGUGAUAUUUAUUGGUAAAUUGCUCAUAUGCCAUACAUCAAUGAUGUUGCUGAAGCAGAGACUCUAAGGGUCCUCAGAAGACAAAAGUAGCUCCAGGCAGACUUGGUUCAUGUAGUAGCUGUUCAUACUUAAUUUUUUCUCUUGAAGAAUCCACCUGAUAUCAGAUUUCUCUCCAUAAAUCGUUGUGGCCAUCUUCCUAGGUUUCUCCUCCCAGUACUGUGACCUCAGAGUAUAGGAUGGGGGGUAGAGGGCUCUCCUUAAAUAUGAAAAUGUGCCGCGUGUUUGAGUCUUCUGAUUCCUUGUACUGUUAGCUCCAUGCUGGAGUUCAUUAGUGGAAGAUGAAUAUCUUUUGCAGUAACCUGAGGACUCAAACCCAAUAUUGUGCAUCAGUACCAACCACAGACACACAUUGCAGUUAGGAUAUAAGAUGCAGGAACAGUUUUGCUAUAAACACAAAGUAAAUGGAACCAAGGUGCUGAAUACCUUAGUGAGUUGUUAAUUGCGUAACCAUUUUAGAAGCUAAGAAAGCUUUCUUUUCUGUAGCUUAUUUCUAGGGAGGUGCAAACCAUAGCAUGUUAACACUGGUUAGAGGAAAAGGAAAAAUGUGCCAUCUAAGAAAGGUGAAGUAUAGACGUCAGGAUCGCCAUGCCUUCCAACUACAAGAUCAGACUCAGGUGGACUGUAUGUGGUGGCCAGUGCCUGGAGUUCCCACUCUUUCUUUUUUCAAUUU